CUGCAAUUUUAGGCAAUUCUACUUCCUGCGAUCCCCACCGCCAUCGUCGUGUAGAUGCACCAGCUCCUGCAAUAAGAUAAAUCAGACGCGACCAACCAAUUGCUCGUAUCUACGAAUUAGCCCCCGAACCAGGACCUUCAUCUUCACGGCACUGGUCUUGUAUACCCCCGGCAGGGAACACCACGAUCCGCGAUAUUCUGCGCGCACUGCACUUCGUGCCCCAGGUAUCCACACAGUAGAUCAGCGUGAUAUUCGUGGGCCUCGUCCUUAGCUCCACCUCUUCGCUAUUAAUUGUUCUCGCCAAGCAGCGGCUCCGUGGGUACACGCGCCGAGGCUUGUUGCCUGCAGCAUCACGCAAGAACGUGCCUGCGCACCAGUUACGCUUCGAACUGUGGGUAGUGCAGAACGGGAGGCGACAAUCGAUGCGUCUCUCGAAAUCACGACCUUUUUUCCUCGCGGGCACGGUCGUUCUCCUGUGAACCCUCGACGACAUCGUCGUCAUCGCGAUCGCAGCCGUCGCCUCUGCCUUCGCCGUUCUAUCCAUCGCUUUCCGUCGCCGCCCUCCUCGACCUUCGUGGGCCCGCCCGCCCGCACUUCGAACUCGAGUGCCCCAUGGUGCUCGUCGAUGAAUGGCGAGUCAUGGACAGCAUGCCCUCGUUCCAGCAGCAGCAUCGUCUGAAGCUGCUCGUCGUCGUCUUCUACGCGCGCACCGCAGAUACGGACACGUUCAGUGCGAAACAGUGGUGCCCGUGCACCCUCAAGGCAGUCCUGCAUGUUCACUCCCACCCUGCGUCCGGUUUCAGAAUCAGAACCCCCGAGCUUGCUAUUCGAGCGUGGACGGCACUGGUUCUGAAGGUCGUCGAUGUGAUCGAAAGCCUCGUGCUCGUCCUCGCGGGCCCUAAAACGUUUGCAACGACAUGUGCAAAGGGCAUGAAGCUCCUCAUGGAGAGCAGCAGGCUCUCCUCGAUGUUUGACGAGAGGGAUAGGCCUGCGUGGAACUGGAGGUGGGCCGCACACGCGAUGUUAUCAGGGGGCAGGGAGUGCGCGCAAACCUACAGACGCACCGCUGAAAGCCUCAUCAAGGACUACUCGUACGCUAUUGACGACAUCCCAGGCGCGCGCGUCGACAUCGUUGGUAGCGUCAUAAGCCUGAUAAUUGUGUGGUGGAGCGUAGACUGUCUGAUGAGAAUCCCGCCGAAGACGCAGGCGAACCCGAGGGGCCUGUUCAAGAUGGAGCAGGAGGUGCUCAACAUGUCCGCGCUGAUUUUCACCUGACCAGGCGUAGAAAUGUGACAGCUAUUCCUCUCUCAACUCGUCCUGAAUCGUAUCAAGCAUCCUGCGUCCUCCCGGUUGUUAACCAAGGUGUACACGUACGUUUUGUGUCAAUACAGGAUCAAAUUCUUGACAGUGAGGCGUCUAUCACUCGAGCAACCCAGCGUAAGGAGCCCAGCUGCGAGUUGUUCAUGGGUCCUGGCUAAUUACCUCCCGUUCGACUUCGGACAUACCAACGAAUGGGCCCUGCAGCAAACAUGAUGUCACUCGGGAAAAGCUAUCACGCAAAACCUACCAUACGCGAGGCUCGUGGCUGUCCCUGGAUCGGUCACGGCACCUGUGGCGACUUUGCGUCGCAACAUCCCGAAUGAUAUCCGCUCUCGAAGCCCGGUCCCGAGCUUACCCAGUGGGGAGCUCAAGUAGUAGCGGACCAAAGGGGUCUGCAGAUCUCACUGGCCAGGCCGACAUUAAAGACUGCCUGCUCGCGCAUAGCGGCCAAAGGUAAGAUUGUUCUGCUCUUGCCGCUCAUUGAGUCCCGCGAAUCCAAGUAGGUCUCUCCUCCUUGACCCUCAACGGCUUCGUCAGGCAGACAUAUCAGCUAUUCCGGAUUGACAAGUUGCCCAUGCCGAUGAUUGCUCGCGCCCGCGAACCAGUUUCUGGCACUGAACGUCUAGCUCCACAGUGCAGAGCCUCUGGUCCUCUGGCGAUGGACAUCACAAGCCGCGCCUUCUCGUCCAUGCCGCCCUUUGUGCCCCAGACAACGUGGUCUCCUUCAUGAGCUUUCAGCUACACUUUUCGGCAUCUUCGCCCAGCAGUACGUCACGUACAUGCGGUGCAACUUGCUACUUCCGUCGCCGUGCGGCAACGCGCUCGUACGCUAGAUGCUCCUCAAGACGUGAGAAGCGCACAUGGGACUCUGCAGCCGCUUCUGCUUUUUUUUUUUU